GCGAGGCGGCUCCCGGUGCCGUGCUGAGGGGGCGCUGAGGCCGCAGUAGCGUUGGGGCGGCGGCGGAUGACGGCGGCGGCGGCGGCAGCGAUGGAGUCCGGGCUGCGCUUUCCCCUCCUGCUUCUCCUGGGGCUCGCCGGCCCCGCGGCCACCUUCGCCGGCUACAUCGAGGCACUUGCAGCUAAUGCUGGGACAGGGUUUGCUGUGGCAGAGCCUCAAAUUGCCAUGUUCUGUGGGAAGCUAAAUAUGCAUGUGAAUAUCCAGACUGGGAAAUGGGAACCUGACACUUCAGGCACCAAGAGCUGUUUUGGAAGAAAGGAAGAGAUUCUGCAGUACUGCCAGGAGAUGUAUCCAGACCUUCAGAUUACGAAUGUGGUGGAAGCCAACCAAGCUGUCAGCAUCGACAGCUGGUGCAAGAGAGGGAAGAAGCAGUGCAAGGACCACACGCAUAUUGUCGUGCCCUACAAGUGCCUGGUGGGUGAGUUUGUCAGUGACGUUCUCCUGGUUCCAGAGAAGUGCAGGUUCUUCCACAAGGAACGGAUGGAUGUGUGUGAAAGCCAUCAGCACUGGCACACUGUGGCAAAAGAGGCCUGCCUGACAGAAGCAAUGAUCUUGCACAGCUAUGGCAUGCUGCUGCCCUGUGGAGUAGACAAGUUCCAUGGAACAGAAUAUGUGUGUUGUCCUCAGACAAAAGUUGUGGAUAAGGCUCUGUCCAAAGAGGAGGAGGAUGAAGAUGAGGAUGAAGACUAUGACCUUUAUAAAAGUGAGUUCCCCACAGAGGCAGGUGUCGAAGAAUUCACAGGAACAGCAGUGGAGGAAGAUGAGGAUGAAGAUGAUGAAGGGGAAGAGGAGGAGGAGGAUGUGGUAGAAGACCGCGACUACUAUUACGAUAGCUACAAGGUUGAUGAUUACAACGAAGAGACCCCCACAGAGCCGAGCAACGACAAGGCUGCUGCUGAAAAAGAAGUCAGCAGUGACAUGAAAUCUGUCUGCUCCCAGGAGGCCAUGACAGGGCCCUGCCGGGCUGUGAUGCCUCGUUGGUACUUCGACCCUAACAAGAGAAAAUGCGUUCGCUUUAUAUAUGGAGGCUGCGGAGGCAACAGGAACAAUUUUGAGUCAGAGGAGUAUUGUAUGGCUGUGUGUAAAAAGAUGAUGCCAACUGAUGAUGUGGAUGUCUACUUUGAAACCCCUGCUGAUGACAAUGAGCACGCCCGCUUCCAGAAGGCGAAGGAGCAGCUGGAGGUCAGACACCACAACCGCAUGGACCGGGUGAAAAAGGAAUGGGAGGAAGCAGAACAUCAGGCUGUAAAUCUUCCCAAGGCAGAAAGGCAGACUCUCAUUCAGCAUUUCCAGGCAAUGGUGAAAUCUCUGGAGAAAGAGGCAGCAAGUGAGAAGCAGCAGCUGGUGGAAACUCACCUGGCUCGUGUGGAAGCCAUGUUGAACGAUCGCCGUCGGAUUGCUCUGGAGAACUACCUGGCUGCCCUGCAGGCUGUCCCACCACGGCCCCACCGCAUCCUGCAGGCUCUGAAGCGCUACGUCCGCGCUGAGAACAAGGACCGUCUGCACACCAUCCGCCACUACCAGCACGUCCUGGCAGUUGACCCAGAAAAGGCUGCACAGAUGAAAUCUCAGGUGAUGACACAUCUCCAUGUGAUUGAGGAGCGGAUGAAUCAAAGCUUGUCUCUGCUCUACAAGGUGCCAUAUGUGGCUGAAGAAAUCCAGGAUGAGAUUGAUGAGCUGCUUCAGGAGCAACGUGCAGACAUGGAUCAGUUCACAUCCUCCAUUUCUGAAUCCCAGGUGGAUGUCAGAGUGAGCUCUGAGGAGAGUGAAGAAAUUCCCCUGGAGCACAAACCUUUCCGUCCCUUCCAGGUGAAAACCUUCCCGGCCUUGCCUGAAACCGAAGAUCCUCAGCCGGAUUUGUACCACCCAAUGAAAAAAGGUUCUGGCAUGACUGAGCUGGAUGGGCUGAUUGGUGCUGAAGAAAAAGUGAUUAACAGCAAGAACAAAGUGGAUGAAAACGUGGUCAUUGAUGAAACCCUGGACGUGAAGGAGAUGAUUUUCAAUGCAGAGCGUGUCGGUGGGCUGGUGGAUGAGCCGGAUAACGACAGCUCCCUCCGUGAUGACUUCAGCUUCAGCAGCAGUGCCCUCAUUGGUCUGCUGGUGAUUGCCGUUGCCAUAGCUACCGUCAUAGUCAUCAGCUUGGUGAUGCUGAGGAAGAGGCAGUAUGGGACCAUCAGCCAUGGUAUUGUGGAGGUCGACCCGAUGCUUACCCCAGAAGAGCGGCAUCUGAGCAAGAUGCAAAACCAUGGCUAUGAGAACCCCACUUACAAAUACCUGGAGCAGAUGCAGAUAUAAAAGAGAUGAAGAUAACAACAACCCUGCCCAGGAAAGGAUCAGGGUGGAGGGCCAAAGGGGUCCAGCUUUUUGGAUCAACUACUGACCAACAGUUGCUUUGAGAGGGACUUCAUCUUACAUUCAGAACUCCUGGAUCAUUAAGACUAUAAUUACUACUGUAGAGUUGCAAUUUCCAUUCUUUUAAAUGGGUGAAGAAAUGAUAAUAUAACAAUAUGAUAUAUAAAUCUCCUUCAAUGGGAAAAAAAACCACACCAGGUGGAUGUAGUUUUCCUUUGUUUUUUAAAGAAUCUGAACAAAAGAACCCCUGCCAGUUCUGUUGUGCUGUUGUCUGAUACAAGCUCUGUUAGAUAGAAACAUGGCAAGUGUUGGGUUUUGUUUCUGAUAGCCCACCUGUAUGUUCAGGGUCACUUGUACCAGCCCACCAUGUCAAAAAAGGAAACAGCUCUUCAGUGGCUCUUCAGUCAUCUGGGGUUUUAUUUGGCUUUUAUAUAUAAAGCAGUAUUCCUUUUUGGGUUUGUUCCUUUGCUGAAAGAGGAGGGAGUUUGGGAGUCACAAAGAGAUGAAGUCAGGGAUAGGGACUGUGCCAGCAGAAGGAAGCAGUUGGGAAGGGGAACUCACAAAAAUCAUCACAAGAGAGGGGAAAAAAACCCAGAGAAAAAACAAAACCAACCCUCCCCAAACCACCCCCCCCUCAUCCUCCUCAUCUGCCCCAUGGUUUGCACCCUGCUGCUUAGCAGCUUGGGCUCGAGGAAUCCACACUCACCAAGGAGGUGAAGAGACUUGCUAGCAUCUCUGUUUCUAGGUAUUCUAGUGGAAUGUUAGGACAUGGUUUGUGCAUACUGGGGUCUGCACAUUCACCUCCCCACCCCUCCCUUCCAGAGUCAGUUCUGCUCUAGAGUUGGGAAGUUCCUGGUUGUUGAGUUUAAAUCCUGAAUCAGUUUCCUACAGUACUCACCUGGCAUUAACACCCCCACCCCCCUUCUUGCUACUGCUAAUUCCCCCCAGCUCUCCUGCCUCACCAACCUGGUAAGUAGUUAAAGAGAAGCAGAGUUUUGGAGCCUUUGCAUCUCUAUUUAUGAUGUGGUGAGGAGGGUUGGAUGUGUGUACCCAGAAAUGACAAAUCACUGCAAUAAUCAGGACCUUGGCAGCUGAGGAAUGGUGGGGGGAGGUUCCCUUGAGCUUGGGGAAGGGAAGAGAGGAAGAGACAAGUUGGGGCAAAGGAUAUACUGCCUGCUCUGAGGGAAAUUGGAUGCAUGGGCCCCAAGGAGGAGGAGAGAAGGGGCAUUGUUCUGCUCACCAUCAUGUCUUUGUAACGCUUGUAUAGUUGGUGUUCAUGCUCACGGCUAUUUUGAAGUUGGAGGUUCUGGUAACCUGUGGUGUAUUUUUUCUAUUUCUCCUGUGACUUUUCUUUUCUCCCUGCCCCACCCUCUCCAUGUCUCUUCCCACUAUGCACAGAUUGACCUGCAAACUCCUUAGUGUGGUCUGUGGGGAAUGUACAAAGUUUAAACACAUCAAUAAACACUUUAACUUCC